AUGGGUCAACAUUGUAUGGUUAUCAGCGGUGAAUGGAGGUGUUCUCCAGAUGUCAAAUGGGGAUUCCUUAUCGACAAGCAACGCAUGUCCCGCGUCGUCACGUUUCAAGACGGGAUGAGUAUCGAGGAGCUGAAGAACAACGUUUUCCGAGAAUUCUUUCCCGACGGCGUCUGUGCGAUGUCUGUCGAUAUAAGCUACUGGCCACCUAACACGAACGAGCUUGCAACUGGGAUUACCACCCCUCCGGUAAUGGUAACAAGCGCGCCUUCCAUAUCAUAUUUCUGCCAGCACCAUAGUGUCAAGUGUUCGAUGAACUUGUUCGCUACCUUUGUCAACCGACCCACGUCCACCCCAUUUCCCGAUGUUGGUCUUCCUCCCGAUGCUUACACAACCCCUAAGCCGUCAAUGAAAAGAAGCCGCUUCAGUGAUGACAUCGGCGGUGAGGGUAGGUUCGGCGUGGGCAUUGCGAAUUCAGCUGACAAUGGGUCCUCGGUCGGUUCGCGGAAACCUCCUGCCGAUUUCGACGAUGAAGUUCUCGUCAGACACAUGGAGAGAGUAGAAAACGUUCUGGGCAGCGGAAGCCAUACGAAGAAAGAUCUCUACGACCUGAACACAUAUUCCGAGCAGAGUGUUCAAGAAAGCAUGGACGAUAUCAGCAGCGGCAUUGGGGCGAGGGACGACAGAUUCAACAACCCAAACACCAGUUUAGGGGGUAGUGUUCUCAACGACGUGGAUAAGAUGGCAUCCGGUCCUGCUGGAAAAGAUUUUCCAUUCGAACCCCCGAACACGCGACCGGGGACACGUGUUCAGGAUACUCUCGACGAUAUCAUGGGCCAUGGCAAGGAACACGGCUACAACUCUGCUAACCUCCAGACAAGGUCUGGAAAUCCUGUUCAAGACGCCAUGGACGAACUGAUUCAAGAACUCAGUGGGAAUGACUACAACUCAGACGACCUGAACACAGACGACGAAGACAAUGGAGAACAGGACUGGGAGAGCUUCGAUGUUCGUCCCUUAGGCAUUGAUGAGGAAUUUUGGGAACCGCUUGUUGACGAGGUAUACGGAGGAUCCGACGCUCCCGAUUUCAUGUGCGAUCAGGACGGUCCACCAAUUGAUGUCCCACCAACGGUUUACAGAUGUUCAACCAACAAUGCAUUCGACCAUACUGUCGUAGCUGGCGGAGACGGCGGCGUUUGGAAAACCGAAAGCAUGCCUGGGGCUUCCACGUCCUCCGCGCCAGGCGGGACUCACCACGAUGGUACCAACAGUUCCAAAGAAACGUCAGACAGUCAAUUCACAAUGGACGGCGGCAACGCGGGUUUUCCCGGUAACUGUGGACACACCCGAGCGUCUGCUCAGACCAACACGCCUGGGAAAGGCAUGAACACACCAAACGGAGGACGAACCUCCAAUACCUCGGGAAACACUGCCUAUCCACAUGGACCACAAGGUAUGGAUAGCGGAAAUGAUGACCCAACCAGGAGUCAUCGUACAUGUGGACCGGAAAAUACAUUGCCAGCCAGGACCACCCUCGGAGAGAUAGACGACGAGGAGUUUGACAUUCCUCCCCUGUUUGACGAUACGCAGUACGAGAACGCCGAAAUCCCCGACCUAGAGAUCGAUGAAUUGGGUGGGGAAGUUGUUGUUGGGAAAGUCUACUCUAGUAAGAAAGACUGCCAAGUAGCGCUUGCUAUUUAUGCAAUCAAAGGCAUGUUCAAUUUCCGCCAGACGACGACAAAGAGCAACUACUUUGUUCUGAAUUGCACCGACCAACGCUGCGACUGGAGAAUAUUAGCGGUACAGGUAAAGAAUUGCGGCUACUAUGAGAUUAAGAAAGCUAACCUACACCACACUUGCUGCAUUGAGACUAGGAGUUUGUUCAAGAAAAAAGCCUCAUCCCGCUUUAUUGCCGAUGUCUUCAAAGCCAAAUAUGGGGAUCCAGUCAAAGGACCACGAGCGGCUGAUUUACAACAACUUGUUCUCGAGGAGCUUCGUGUUGCGGCCUCCUAUAUGCAGUGUUACAGGGCAAGAGAGGAGGCUAUCACUUUUGUUAGAGGGACGGACGACGAUUCUUAUCCUGGACUGCCUGAGUAUCUUUACAUGCUCAAACUUGCCAACCCUGGGACCGUAACCAAUUUGGUCACGGAGAAAGAUGUUUUUGGCGUUGAUCGGUUUCUGUACUUCUUCCUCUCGUUUGGUGCAUCGAUUAGGGGUUUUAGGCGUCUUAGACACGUUAUCGUCAUCGAUGGAACUCAUCUCGGUGGUAAAUUCAUGGGCACUCUCCUGACAGCUAGCGGCCAGGACGCAAAUUUCCAAGUCUUCCCGCUUGCUUACGCCGUUGUCGAUAGUGAGAACAACGACUCGUGGACAUGGUUUAUGGAAAAACUGGAGAGGAUUCUGGCAGAUAGCUCCUCCCUAACAAUUAUCUCAGAUAGGUGCCCUUCGAUCAAGGUUGCUAAGGCGAAGAUAUAUCCAAAAGCCCAUCAUGCUGCUUGCAUAGUCCAUUUAGCCAGGAACGUUACUGCACGCUACAAGAGUAAGGGCCUAGCAAAGAUGGUCGUAAGCGCAGCUUUUCAAUACCAGGUCGGAGGUUUCCGGAAAAUAUACCAUGAUAUUAGGGCCGCGAGCCCAGAUUGUGCUAGGUAUUUGCAUAAAAUGGGGAUUGCGCAUUGGUCUAGGGCUCACUUCCCUGGUGAGCGUUAUAACUUGAUGACCAGCAACGCCGCUGAGCAGCUUAACAAGGUACUGAGGGGUGGUAGGAACUCACCGAUACUCGAGCUCCUCAAGUUCAUCCAAGAUAUGAUGACUAGGUGGUUCAACGCUAGGAGAAAGAAGUCGCUGAAACACACGGGUAUGUGUACGCCUGCGGUGGAUAAGGUUUUGACAGCAAAUAUGGAGGCUUGUAAGGGAAGUAAGAUAAACAUGGUAUCCAGCUGGGCCGUCCAGAUUGUUGGUCGUUUUGGCGAAAAACACCAAGUUUCUUUAAGAGAAAGGAUUUGCCUGCAGAUUUGUUCAAAGUCAGUGUCAUGCCUCCUAACACCCACAGGCCGUCAGGGAGGCCUAAAGAAACAAGAAUUCCAUCCACCGGAGAAGUCCCAGUAA